CGUUCCUCCGCAAUUUGUGUUUCAUCGCUCUCGCUGCACUGCCGUCGUCGAUGUUCAUCCAUUCUUCUGCUUCAUGCCUUGUCCACCAUCCCUCGCUCUUCUAAAGAUAUGCCAAAGCAAAAGAGGUACAAGAAUCUACUUAAAGCAGUAGCAGCUGCAAAUUCUUCACAAGACAAGUCAAUAGCAGUUACAAAUUUAUCCCGAGACAAGGCGACAUCUUUAAAUGCAUCACAAGUCAAGUCUGUAGCUGCUGCAAAUUCCUCCCAAGACACAUCGGCAGCUACAAAUUUCUCCCGAGAUAAGUCGGCAGCAGCUACAAAUUUCUCCCGAGACAAGUCGGCAGCAGCUGCAAAUUCGUCCCGAGACAAGUCGGCAGCAGCUUCAAAUUCAUCUCGAGACAAGUCAGCAGCUUCAAAUUCUUCCUGGGACAAGUCGGCAGCUUCAAAUUCCUCCCGGAGCAAGUCGGCAACAGUUUCAAGUUCCUCCCGAGACAAGUCGACAGCUUCAAAUUCUUCUGAGCCAUCAUCAGUUGCUCCAACUAUAUCUGAGCAUCUAUCCGAACCUAAACGUAAACGUGGACGUGAAUCUAAGCAUUACUGGACUAUUGAUGCCAUAUCAUGUAGCAAUAGGAGAAGCAGCCGGACUCCUUGCAGGAGUUUGUGGGCAAUUGGCCACUGAUUGUGUACCAUUUCUAGUCAGUUUUGAUAAGUGGUCAGACUUCCAGAGAGCUUUUUCGAAAAUCAAUGGAAUAUUUUUUUCCUAGCUCGAUUUUGCUUCAAAGUGAGUGAUAGCUUGGCCAAACAAUUUUUACUCCAAUCGCUUGGCAAAAAAUGGAGGGAACAUAGGAUAAAGCUUUGGAAUGAGUUUUAUGAUCCGAAGUUGAGUAAAACUGAGAUCAUAAAUAAUACACCAGAAGAUAUUGCUCCUGAUCAAUGGGCUUUAUUCGUAGAAUAUCGUUUAAAGCCUGAAACUCAGAAUCUUUGUAAGAGAAAUCAAGAAAUUCGGCAAAAACAAAUAAUUCCUCAUACUUCAGUUGCUAAAUCAAUUGCAUGAACAAGAGCUGAAUUGGUAAUCAAUUAAUGUAUGCCCUCUACUGUUAGUGUUAUUCAUGGUAGCAUUGUUAAGAUGCAGGAUUUGGACAUAUUUUGUAGGGUGUUGUAUGAUUUGGUGAUCCUUCUUUUGAAUGUUUAUGAUUUAUCCCUGUUGACUAAAGUCUUUUUAAUUGUUUAUACUAUUUCAGAAAAUAAUUAUCUUUUCCUACAUAUAUGGAUUUCGUGUUAUUAUCUACA